CAAACCGGUUUUUUUUCCUCUACCAGGUGUGAAAACGUGUGUAUAUAUAUAGAUGCAUCUUUGAAAACAAGAACACACGACAUUUCAUGGUUGCAUGGAGGAAACAAUCAGAAGAGAAUAUUACCCAAAUCUAUACAUACAUUUUAAAUGUACAAAACACUGAUCAAAACCCCAAAUCUCACUCGAACAUUCUCAUCUCUCCCAAACCUCAAAUCAUGCAUCACAUCUCUCCAGUUAUGCGCCAGUCACACCAACAUACAUCAAGGCAAAAAACUCCAUUCAUACAUGAUCAUCAAUGGUUUUCUAACUUCCCCACAAACCAUCACCAGCCUCAUCAACAUGUACUCCAAAUGCAACACCAUCUCAGACGCCUUUAUGGUUUUCAACUCCUCCUUUUCAACCUCUGAACCCAAUGUUUUCACAUACAACACAAUCAUUGCUGGCUUUAUUUACAAUGAUAUGCCAAAACCUGCACUGAAGGUGUUUGAUAAAAUGCGGGUGGCUGGGGUUAUGAUGGAUAGAUUUACUUUUCCUUGUGUGGUUAAGGCGUAUUUGGGUUGUCGGGAUGUUGUGGGGUUGAGGGGGAUUCAUGGGUUGGUGUUUAAGUUUGGGUUGGAUCAUGAUUUGUUUGUGGGAAGUGCUGUGGUUCAUGGGUAUUUGAAGUUUGAGUUGUUGGGGGAUGCACACCAGGUGUUUGAUGAAAUGCCGGAGCGAGAUGUUGUGUUGUGGAAUGCUAUGAUUAAUGGGUAUGCUCAGAUUGGGGAGUUUCGUAAUGCGUUGGAGUGUUUGCGGAAGCUGCGUGCGGAUGGGAAUGUCCCGAGUAGGUUCACCGUGACUGGAAUAUUGUCGGUGAUUACCGUAAAAGGGGAUGUUUACAAUGGUAAGGCUGUUCAUGGGUUUGUGAUCAAGAUGGGUUAUUUUUCUGGUGUUGCGGUUUGUAAUGCGUUGAUUGAUAUGUAUGGAAAGUGUAAAUGCUUUCUUGAUGCUUUCGGUAUUUUUGAGUUAAUGGCGAUUAAGGAUAUGUAUUCGUGGAAUUCAAUCAUUGGUGUUCAUCAACAAUCUGGUGAUCAUGAAGGAACUUUAAAGCUUUUUGACCAAAUGCUGCGCGAUAAAGUUUUCAGUCCGGAUUUAGUCACUGUCACCACUGUUCUCCCGGCAUGCUCCCAUUUAGCAGCGUUAAGGCAUGGUAAGGAGAUUCACGCAUACAUGAUCACGAAGGGUUUGGGGAAAGAUGACGGUGAAGAUAGAGCGGAUGAUACAUACGUUAACAACGCUAUCAUGGACAUGUAUGGUAAAUGUGGGUGUAUGCGAGAAGCUCGAUUAGUUUUUGAUCAUAUGAGCACUAAAGAUCCGGCUUCAUGGAACAUCAUGAUCAUGGGUUAUGCAAUGCACGGGUUUGGCAACGAGGCGUUAAAUUUGUUUCACAAAAUGUGUGAAAAAGGUUUAACGCCCGAUGAAGUGACAUUCGUUGGGGUUCUAUCAGCUUGCAACCAUGCGGGUCUAGUGAAGGAAGGGCAAGAAUUUCUAAGUCAAAUGAAGUCAAAGUACAAUAUUACACCAACGGUUGAACAUUAUACUUGUGUGAUUGACAUGUUUGGUCGUGCUGGACUGCUUAAUCAAGCAUACGGGUUGCUAUCAGAAAUGCCGAUUGAAGCUAACUCGGUGGUGUGGCGGGCGUUCUUGGCGGCAUGCCGCCUUCAUGGUGAUGCAAAUCUUGCUAAAAUUGCUACAAGAAAAGUGAUUGAUCUUGAACCCGAGCAUUGUGGAAGUUAUGUGUUGAUGUCGAAUGUGUAUGGGACAUUGGGUCAGUAUGAGGAGGUGUCGGAUGUGAGACUUAAUAUGAGACAACAGAAUGUGAAGAAAACACCGGGGUGCAGUUGGAUCGAGUUUGGAGACGGGGUGCAUGUUUUCGGGACGGGUGAUCGGACCCAUCCUGAUGAAGAUUCGAUUUAUAGUGAGCUUAAUUCAUUGUACAUGAGCAUGGGUCUAUGCCACAUGACUUGAGCUAAGCCAUUUGAUUUCAUUAGAUUGAUGUUUUAUGUAACAUUAUACAAAUUAGCAUAUGAAUUAAUUAAGCAACAUGGCAAGUCCAUGUUACGGUUUUGGUCUCAA